AUGUUCGAGUCUGCUGCUCCACCUGCCACCACCAAGCCUACUACAGCUACUACCACUACCAACACCACCACUGCUGCAGCUGCAAAGAAGGAGAAUCUUCCACCACCAAGCGCAGAAGCGAAUCUGGCGAUUCGGCAGAUGGGCGCUGAGGCUGCGAGGAUCGCAGCGGCGAAGAAACAGCCACCGGCGAAUAUCAAGAUAACGAAUCCACUGUUGAGUGAGAAGACAAACACGCCCAGUGACUUUCUGACACCAGACAUACUGUCUCCGAAAUCAGUACCGCUUCCAAUGACGCCGUUUGCCUUGACCCCAGCUGCUCUCUCGCCAGCUACAUCGACGCCCAAAUUGAAGACCUCGAAUAUAACGAAGGAAACAAAAGAUACAAAGGUUGCAGAAGAGGUGAAUACGGAUGUUGGAAAGGAGGUAGAAAAGCAGAAGGAUAUCGAUGACAACACAGAGUCGAGAACAGAUGCUGAGGAAAAAGAUCAGGCCGAGGUCGAAGCUGCCAUUAAUACAGAAGUCGAGAGGAAGCCUGAAGGAGCGAAAAACAAAUUGGUGGAAGCUAAGAAGGAGAGCAGUAAGGAUGCAAAGAAAGAUGUCAAGAAGGUUUCCAGCAAAGACACCAAAAAAGUCACAACCAAAGACACUGGCAAGGAAGCCAAAAAGGAAACUGGCAAGAGCGUGAAGAAAGAUACGAGCACCAAGGAUGUGAAGAAGACUGCGACGACGACUAAGGACGUAAAGAAGGACGCCACCAAAGACGUAAAGAAAGACAGUACUAGCAAAGCCACCAAGAAGGAUACCAAGAAGCCGACUAUCAUGGGUCUUCUCGCAACGAAGAACACCACAACGAAGAAGUCUAGCACAGCUGCUAAGACAAGCGCAAAAUCGGAGGUCAAGAAGAGCACAAGGAAGGAAACUAGAAAACCGCCUGUACCCAAGCUUUCCGAUCUACAGAAACCAGUUCAUGCGCCUGCACGAAUCAAAGCUGGCAAAGAAAACCCAGAGCUGAGCAAGCCCCCGAAAACGACGCAGAAAGAGUCCAAGUCUUCCAAGGACGCCCCUGAAAAAGAGAAAGAAGACUUGGCAGGGGAGUCUGUCGAGGAGUCUGAGGCUGUAGCGUUGACAAGCACAGAGGAAGCAAAGGCUGUAGACGAUGCAGCAGCAACAGCGGAAAGUUCAGAAGCAGAGAGUAGCGAAGAGGAAUCUGACGAAGAAGAAGAGUCAGAUGAAGAAGAAGAGGAGGAGGAGGAGACUGCAGAUUCAAAAGUAGUACCGGGAAGCGCAAAGGACAUUGCCAUGGAAGAUACACCAGAAGAGAGCAGUGAGGAAGAGGGCGGUGAAGAAGAAGAUGAGGAGGAGGAAGGGGAAGAUUCUUCGGAGGAAGAAGAGGCUGAAGUGAAGGAAGAAGAAGAAGCGGAGAAGCCAGCUGUUGGCAAAGCCAAAGAAGCCACCAAGAAGCAAGACACAAAAUCACCAGUCGAGGCAACGGUGGGUGCAAAGGGAAAGAAAGGCGGGAAGUAA